GAAUGGAAAAGGGUCAUUUUUGUAUUUGACAAUCCUGUAUGGUUGGCAUUUUCUGUCAGCAGCACCACCACAAACCUCUCUGCCCCCAACAACCAAAAAUAACAUAUAUAUAGCCAAUUCUAUUUCCAAGCAAAUUCAACCAGCCAUAUUUUAGGAAGUGCCUUAGUUUUGUAUGGUCCAUGAAGGUAAAUAGAACUUGGACUUAAAAGAAUCCCACGUUUUCAUCUUGGUUCUUUUGAAUUCCAACACCUCCACUUUGAAAAUUCAUUAUCUGAGCUCUACCUGAUAUCAAGUGAAAGGAGGAGUCUCUGGCUCCAUAUUUGUUUCAUUUACGUAAGAACCUUUGUUGUAACAUCAAACAUUAAGAUACCUUUUACAAGUUAGAAGAAAGAAUAUAAUGAGUUUCAGAGUUAGAGAUCAACCAAAGGACACCGAAUCUCCAAGAGAGGUCGGAGAGAUUGACACAAGGGCUCCAUUCCAAUCCGUUAAAGCAGCUGUGAGUUUAUUUGGUGAAGUAGUUGUCCCAAAGGAAAGACGUUCUAUCAAGAGAAGAUCUUCAGAGAAUGUUCUGGAAAAGGAGACUCAGCUUCUCUUGGCCCAAAGAGAAUUAAACAAGAUAAGGAAACAGCUGGAAGGUGCUGACAACACAAGAAGCAAAGCACUUUCCGAGCUUGAUAAGGCCAAUGUGACACUUCAGGAGUUGACAAAGAAGCUCAACAGUGUGAGGGAAUCCAAGCGAUCAGCAAUAGAAGCUGCUGAAGUUGUGAAGAAUCAGGCCAAAGAGCUUGAACAAGCACUAUCUCAAAAAGCUAUAGGAUAUGAAGCUUGGAAGCAAGAACUAGAACAUGCAAGAAAGGAGUACACAACAACAGUAAAGGAACUAGAUUCUUCCAAGCAAGAACUGAACAAAAUCAGGCAGGAUUUUGACACAGCAUUGGAGGCAAAACUUGCUGCAUUCCAAACAGCAGGCGAGGCUCAACGUUCCGCAAAAUUGAACUCGGAAAAGCUCACUGAACUCUCAAACCAAAUGGCAACCAUGAAGGAACAAAUUGAAAAAUUGAAGCAUGCCUCAUCACUAGCCCAAAAAGAUCAGGCUAAGGUCACUGAAGAAAGAGAGGCACAACUAAGUUUUUACAUGAGUGCCACGGAAGAAGUACAGAAUAAACUGAUGGCCUUAAAGAGUGAGUAUGAUCCUGAACUAACACAAAAUCUAGAGGCCAAACUUUCUGAAACAAAUGAAGAGAUUCAGGUUCUUCAAGAGCAUUUGAAACAGGCACGUGAAUCAGAUACAGAUUCAGUGAGACAAAUAACUUUGGAGAUCAAAGAAGCCACAAAAACACUUCAGGAAGUUGCUGAAGAAGAAAGCUACCUGAGAAACCUAGUGGAUUCCCUAAGGACAGAAUUAGAACAAGUGAAGAAAGAGCAAGAGGAACUCAAGGAGAAGGAAAAGGCAGCGGAAGCUCAUGCUGAGAACCUAACUGAUCAACUGCAGAACAGAACAGAAGAGACAAGUUCUGUAGUGGAAAAAGAAUCUGAUGAGAGUGCUGACAUGGAUUUGAAGAUCAAGCAGCUUUCAUUUGAGGCAGAAGCUGCAAGAAGGGAAGAGGAAGAGAUGAGAACAAAGGCUCAAGAGCUGAAGCACGAGGCCGAAAAGUCGAAAGCAUUGGCAGAAGAGCUAGAGAAGAAGCUAGAGCUUUAUCUGAAACAAGCUAAAGAAGCAAAAGCAGCAGAACAAAGGGCCAUUGAGGAGAUGAAGAUGAUGUCUGACCUCAAUGCUGCAGAGACUGUCUCAACGACAGAUGUGAACGGAAAGAUUGUGUUGACAGUUGAUGAGUUUGCAGCUCUGAGUGGGAAAAUCAAGGAGUCUGAGGACUUGAUUGAGAGAACAGAAACAGCAGCCAUAGCUCAGGUGGAAUCAAUCAACACAAGGAAGAAUGAAGUUGACAGAAAAGUGGAGGCAAACCUGAAAGCAAUUGAGGAAAUAAAAGCUGCAACUGAUAUGGCACUGAGGAAUGCUGAGAUGGCAGAUUCUGCAAAGGAUGCAGUUGAGGGAGAGCUAAAGAAGUGGCGUGAAGAUGAACAAAACAUGGAAUACUCAGACAACUCUUCAAGAUCAAUCUCUCUUCGUAUUUAGAAGUGAACUCUUUCUUUCUUUCUUUCAGUCUCGGAUAUGCAUAUGGGGGGGUUAUACUUAUCAAUAUUCAGUAGCAUUCAUUGGCUUUGUGUUUGUGACUUUCUCUUGGGAGAUGGGACUAUGAGAGGCUCCUUGUACUAUAUCAUCGAUCAUUUAUGCAUCGAAAAUUAACUCUCGCAGUUCGCUUUAAAAGCCAUGUCAAUAUCUUCCAUUCCAUGCAAAUGAGAAUGAUCAAUGUGAACAACGUGGUUUCUUGA